GACUCUCAUGUAUUUUUAAAUUGUUCAUUCCUAAAAUCCAGGGGUGCCUGAUACCCCAUGCAAAAAGACAUUCUGUACAUGUAUUAAUUAGUUGUCUUGUGUAAACAAAAGCAAAAGAUAGAGAAGCAGUAUGCUGCCAAAACACUCCUUAAUGGGAAACGAAGGAAGAUAAUCCAUGCAGUAUCCUUGAUGACGUAAAAGCAAAGGGAUAAAGGAAGGGGUGGUUCUGGUGAUGAAAGAGCAGCCCUUGAUUUGAUCUUAGAAGGCAAGAUGGAAGAAUAGCGAGAGCCGGUGCUUGGAAUUAAACACAAAUUUCUCCUGAAUAGGUUUAUUGCCCUGUUCUUUGUGCCUGGCACACUCGCAAAACCCGCUGCAAGAUUGGGCAGUACUGUUGGAGCAAGUAUGGCGAGUCCAGUUUUCUAUGCACAGCGCCUGCUGUGUCGCAUCGGGCCUGAUCUACGGAGUGUCUGUGGUCUGCACACCACCAGCAGCUGUGCCUCGAAGGACCACUACAAAGUCCUGGUGGUGGGUGGUGGAAGUGGUGGAAUUACCAUGAGCGCUCGGAUGAAAAGGAAAGUCGGAGCUGGAAAUGUAGCCGUCAUUGAGCCUAGUGAGAAUCAUUAUUACCAGCCACUCUGGACUCUGGUAGGAGCGGGUGCAAAGACUCUUAGCACAUCCAGAAGAUCCACUGCUAGUCUCAUCCCCGCUGGAGUUAAAUGGAUCAAGUCCCAGGUGCAGGAGUUUAGCCCAGACAAGAACUGUGUGCGCACUCAUGAUGGUAAAGAGAUAUCAUAUCAGUAUCUUAUUGUUGCUCUUGGGCUCAAGCUGCAUUAUGAAAAGAUUAAGGGUUUGCCUGAAGGUUUUAAUUAUCCAAAGAUUGGCUCCAACUACUCGGUUGAGACAGUAGACAAAACCUGGAAGGCUCUGCAGGAUUUCAAGGAGGGCAAUGCUAUCUUUACAUUCCCCAACACGCCAGUCAAGUGUGCAGGUGCGCCACAGAAGAUUAUGUACCUCGCUGAUGCCUACUUCAGGAAGACAGGGAAAAGAUCCAAAGCCACCAUUACAUACAAUACUUCCCUGCCUGUAUUAUUUGGUAUUAAGAAAUAUGCCGACUCUUUGUGGAACAUUGUGAAGACACGGGACCUGAAUGUGAACCUCAGACAUAACCUCAUCGAGGUCCGGCCGGACAAACAGGAGGCUGUGUUUGAAAAGCUAGACAAUCCCGGAGAAACUGUGGUUUUCGAGUAUGAAAUGCUUCAUGUUACUCCUCCAAUGGGACCCCAUGAGGUUCUGAAAAACAGUACAUUGGUGGAUGAAGCAGGCUGGCUUGAUAUAGACAAAGACAUGCUGCAGCAUAAAAAGUAUCCCAAUGUAUUUGGUAUCGGGGACUGUACUAAUCUUCCUACUGCAAAGACAGCUGCAGCAGUCGCGGCUCAGUCUUCAGUUCUUGAUAGAACUAUUUCAAGGGUGAUGAAGAAGGAGAAGCCUGACAAAAGGUAUGACGGAUACACUUCUUGCCCAUUGGUGACAAGCUACAACACUGUUAUACUGGCGGAAUAUGACUACAAUGGUCAGCCUCUGGAAACAUUCCCUAUUGACCAAAGCAAGGAGCGGAUGAGCAUGUUCUACAUGAAGGCUAAUAUGAUGCCACAUCUGUACUGGCACGGCCUGCUGAAGGGAUUAUGGGGAGGACCAGGCCCUUACAGAAAGAUAAUGCACCUUGGUAUGAAGUAACCAGGAGAAGCUUCGCAGAAAUCCUCACGUCGAUUAUUUUAUGUGUCUUUAAACAGCAGAUCAAUUGCCAUUCCUCUCACUUCUUUGCUGCUGGGCUUUUAUUGUUUAUUGAUUCCUCAUGUCGCCAGCAGCCUUAGCUUACUCUCUAUCAUUGUGAAUUUAAUAGAAAAUGUAAACACUUCCUGAAAGAUAUGGGGCUACUGGAAAUGAGCAGCGCUUACUGUGGAUCCCCCAGUAGAUGAUUCACUAGCAUCAUGGCAUGCACCAUGCUUAUGCUAAAUUUGUUUUCAUUAGAAAAAUCAUUGACUAAAUUAAAAAAUAAAUAAUAAUAAUAAUAAUAAUAAUGUGUUAUAAGCUGAAACUCUUAGUGCAAAGUGUGAGAUUGUGUGUUUUUUCCAUUUAAUAUGCAGGUAUUCUCGUCUCAUUGUUCUUAAUUGUGCUGUGUAAAAGUGACCACGUUAAGAUAAUUGUACAGAGAUCAUGGUAGCUGUACAUGCAGACUUGCAAAACCAUAAAAAUGUGUAUUAUGUAAACAUUAGACCUAAGAUAUUCAGUGUAUACUGGAAAUGGUGUAUUCUAUAAUUUGUGUUUUUCUAACUGUAAUGAUCUUUUGGUAACAAACUACCUGUCUUUUGAAGAUACAAAAUUGGAGUAGUUAGGCUGCAUAACUGAAUUUUAUGUGUAUUGAAGAUACUCAAUAGGUGUUUCCCAAUACUCCUAAUAAUAAAGA